AUGCGAGAAACGGGGCGGAGUCGGAGGCUGAAGCUCCUCGUUUCUGUCGCCACUUACCUCGGACCCUGCGCAUUCUCGUUCAUUCGCCACAUUUACCAUUGCUCGAUUUCAUUUUCUUUUGCAGAAAACCAUGACUCAUCCCUACCCACUUUGAUUGGCUAGCUCGAAAAUUGAAAAAAAGUACUCAGUGGAAUGUUCUGCGGUUGUUCAGAAAACAUUGUCAUUCGCCGGAAGCGUUCUUCGCCGACAUGUGGAUAAGGGUAAGCCGAUUGAAUCGAAAAUUUCGACCUUAUAUUAUACUUAGGUUCUUCUAACACACGCCUUCGUUUUAUCUCAGUUCACUUUUGCGCAUCAAAAACGGCAAAUUUCUUUCACUGUCGAAGAAGGUCCAACCAACGGAAGUAGCCGUCAUUUUCACGCUAUUCGACAUAGCAGAGGUAUAAUUGAAAAAUGAAUUUUCAAUUAAAUGUCCUUCUCAGGAAAAGUUAUUCCAUACAAAUCGGCAACCGGCAGCGUCAUGGACCCUAGGUUGAAUCGCCUGGAAUCUUUUUCGCUCAACUGCCCUCACGUCUCAGAUGCUGCAAGCAAAGAUGUCAGGAAAAAGAAGGGAAAAUUCAAAGAUGACAUUUUUAAGGUUCAAGUAGAAGUCACGUGGACACUCAACGAAACUGUAUGGCUAAAAAUUGAGAACGGCGAGAAGAAAGUCGCAAAUAAAUUGUCCACCUUUAACAAGAGAAGAGUUGGAGGUGCGUUCCAACUUGAAAAUCACUUUGAAACUUGAACCUAAUAAGAAGUGAACAUCAAAGAUUUAUUUCAGGAAAAGCCGUUCUGAGGGUGCUCCUGAACAACGGGCGCUACUUGUUCGACUACGACGAGCUGACAGGCGACUUCGCGAUGGAAGUGACCCCGGUGACGUGGCCAGAAGACGUCGGCUCCUGGCAAUGCCACGUCACCGUCUUGCAAAGUGGAAACACACAUACGCUUACCAGCCGCAGAAGGAUAAAGGCCCCACUUCAGGUUAAUCCAAUCUGA